AUGUCUCGCAACAAAGACAAGCAUGAGGGCGCUAGCGGGCGCACUUACCACAUUAUGUCGGAGGCGGAGCGGGCGUCCGGCCGUCGUGGGGGCUGGACCACGCUUGAGGUAACAGGAGGUGUGCGCGCCCUGGCGCCUCAACUCUUCCAACUGACGCAUCUGACGGCGCUGUAUCUGAACGACAACUCGCUGCAGAGGAUCCCGCCUGACAUCAACCAGCUGGUCAACCUCCAUACCCUCGAUAUAUCUAAUAACAAGCUAAGAUCGCUGCCCGCUGAACUUGGCGACCUCAUUCAAUUAAGGUGA